AUGUUGUUCUUAUCAAAUUCAGCUCAACCAACGGUUAUGAUCAUUGGCGCGGGUCAGAGUGUUUUGAUGUUAGCAGCGUGUUCAAAGUUGCUCGGCUUGAGUACGCUGAUUGUGAAUAAGAAUCAACAAACAGGAGAUUCAUGGCAAAAACGGUAUCAUUCACUCUGUUUACACAAUCCUAUAUGGGCAGACCAUUUCCCGUAUAUGUCUUACCCUGAUAAUUGGCCAAUUUAUAUACCCAAAGAUAAAUUGGCAGGUUGGUUUGAAUAUUAG